UAUAUAAAUUCUCAUAUUAAUACACAUUUAUGUGUUUUACAGUGAACGACUGUAAGCGAAGAUGGAAGUUGUUGAGAGAUGCUUUUAACAGAAACAAGAAGCAAAAAAAAUUGCCCAGUGGUUCUGCAGGUGGCAUAAUAAGGGAAUGGAAGUAUGAUAAAGUAAUGUCAUUUCUGUUGCCAUACAUGCAACCUAGAAGUUCCAGACACACUUUACAGAGUGAGCCAGAACCUCUGGACAUGACUGUGGCUGAGGAGGAUGUGGAGCCAGAGUUGUCUGAACUGACAACUUUCAAUCCCCUUCCUGCCAUACAGAGGCCUGCAACACCAUUACUGGCAAGUGGAAGAUCAGCAACCCCCACACCACUGCCAAGCACCUACACCCCACAAAUAACAGCUCACAGAGCUGACACCCCUACCCCCACUAUACAUCCCAGGGUUCAAGCACUGGUGACUGACAGUCAACAACACAAACAGAAACGGAGAAGAACAGUUUCCCCAACUACAACUGAGCAACAGUUAUUGGACAUAAUAACACAACCAACUACUCCUGCACCUCCAAAUGUUCCCAGACAGGAGGAUGAAAUGUAUUAUUUUGCCCUCAGUUUAGUUCCAAAACUGAACCGGCUGCUUCCCAGAAACCGUACCAGGGCAGAUACAGAUAAUGACCUACCUGGCUGACCUGGAGUUAGAAGAUGAUGGUCAGAGACAACAAGCAACAACAACCCACACAGUUUAUCAAAGCAGAGGUCGCCAGCAACCACAAUCGAGUGGAUUUCAGCCUAUUCACCCCACACCCACCUACCAAGAGGAACAAACUCAUCACCCCCAACAUUUCACACCUCCCUCAAUCUCGACCA